AUGAUAUUGACGGUGUCCAUGGAAGAUAUGGAAUUGUUUCCGAAGGAUUCACAUCUGAACACUAAACCUAAUUCUGUUCCAAUUGAUGUUGAGUGCUUUACACAGAUGCACUCAUCGCUCGAACGUCUUUGGUGGUCCCGACUGGUGAUUUCAGUGCGAGGUUAUGUUGUGAAUUAUGUUCAAAAUGACGAUGAAACAUUAUUCCACACUGACGAUGCUUUCAUUUGUAUUCACCGAUAUUUGGCAGAAGAGAAAAGUGAAAGGCCUCUUGCUCAACAGGUGAUAGUGGCGGUAGUGGUGAAUCGUAGUGAUGUGAAGAUGCCUUAUUUAGAAGAUGAUUCAUUUCAGUUCAUCAAGGAUAUAGACACCAUCGUUACAUAUCCGCUGAUCAGCCAAACGUUACUGGCGUUGUGCUCAUCACAAAAAAUAGCGAAUCCAUUUUUCGACAAGGAAAUGGAACCGGCGCUAACUCCCAAGUUGGUGCUCUUCAGUCUUGUCUACAAAAAAAAAAUAAGUGUUCCAAUUCAUACUGUGUUGAUGCAUUCACUAAUAUCUCUUACCGGUAUAGAAACCCACCGAGUUAUCUCCAGUAAUUUUUCGUAUUCUUAUUCAGGGCAAAUAUAUGCUUAUAUCGUUUUCAUGAGAGUGCUGUGUAUGCUUCAAAAACGUUGGAUGGAUGAAAGGAAAGAACGUAAAUCGAUUCGUUUCGAAACUGAUCCAGAAUGGCAGCCGGACGAUCGUGUGGUACUAUUCCAGGAAUUUUAUAGGGGCAAUCGAACCUGGAUUUUGUUGGAUUUCGAUCGAUAUAUCCUGACACAAUGGCGUCCACGUGGUUCUGAGGUGAUUUUUGGGGCUCGAUUUGUUGAGAAGAAGAUGCGUUCCGGUAUGCAGUUGUGUUCAUGGUGUGGAAUGAUCGAACAACAAGUAAAUUUUGUCGAGAUCAGUUCCUUUUCGUUAUUACCACAUCUAUAUUAA